AUGAAGAUCCAGCCUUCCCUUCUUAAUUUAACUGGUAAUGGAAAGUGGCAGAUUGCUCCUAUGUAGAAGUCUUUGGUGGCACUCCCUGACUCUGCUUAGGACUGGGCUCCAAAUAUUUGAGGUUAACAUAAGGCUACAAGAUGUCCCCGUUUCCCAGGGACAGUCCCCGGAUUUGAAGUUGAAAAGUGUCCCCAGAUUCAUUGAAAAAAAAUCUGUUAACCUUAGGUUAACGCAUAGAACAAAUAGAAUUUAAGGACACAUAUAAAAGGUAGGGGUGGCGCUGUAGGUUAAACCACAGAGCCUAGGACUUGCCAGUCAGAAGGUCGCGGUUCGAAUCCCCGCAACAGGGUGAGCUCCCGUUGCUCGGUCCCUGCUUCUGCCAACCUAGCAGUUCAAAAGCACGUCAAAGUGCAAGUAGAUAAAUAGGUACCACUCCGGCGGGAAGGUAAACGGCGUUUCCGUGCGCUGCUCUGGUUCACCAGAAGCGGCUUAGUCAUGCUGGCCACAUGACCCAGAAGCUGUCUGCGGACAAACGCCGGCUCCCUCGGCCUAUAGAGCAAGAUGAGCACGCAAACACAAAGUCGGUCACGACUGGACCUAAUAGUCAGGGGCCCCUUUACCUUUACCUUUAUAAAAGGUAGGUCUGAAAAAUAUUCCCAAUCGCACAGUCUCUUCACAGCUGUAACAACUGCAGCCUGUUAAUCAAAGAUAAAUACUAAUCUGAUCUGCUUACACAGACAUGAGUCUAUGAAUGCUCCAGUUACACCGAAGAGCUAAAAAUUCUAAAUACUCUUUAACUACUGUCUCCUAUAAGUCAGAGCAGGUGGUCAUUAAGCCAAUGGGAAGGAAGGUAUUCCAGAAGUUAACCCCAAGUGAUGCUGAGGCAUAGCUGGUGUUAUUAAACUGACUAUAAAUGGUGAUCACAGUACCCUUGUGAGUUGAGGCUGGUGAUGGUAGGCUGUAUGCCUGAGUCCCUCUGAUUUAAUUUUUCAUUACCUACAGCCAGUGCUUUUUUUAUAAAAAAAUGUUUAGGGGUGCUCUCAUUUGGACUCAAUAAAAUUACCAUUCUAUAGUUCAAAUCGGGAAAAAAUAAAUACAGUAAAUGGACAAAAGUACAAAGAUUCACAAAAUGUUUAGGGGUAUGUGUACCCCUUCGUCCCCCCCAAAAAAAGCACUGCCCACAGUACACAGCACACAUGUGCACAGCGUACACACUUAUCCCCCACCCCCUGCAAAUAGGCUAUUUAAAAGGCAGUCAGUGGUAAUGAGGUGGCCUGACAGGGAGGUCCCAUAGCCUGCGAUUGGGCUUGUGGUUCCCCAACCUUGGUCAAGGAGGUCAAAUCUUUACAGAACACACUCAAAGCCACAAUAAUAGAAGAUCAGCUAAAAUUUGUACCACAGAUCAGUUUCCCACUGACAUCUGGUUAGCCAGUGUGGUAAAAUACUGCUGGAUUAGAUAGGCCUUGAGUCUCAACCUGAAUGGCUCUUCUUACGUACCUACUUGAUGUUUUUACACACAAGUUGUUAUGUAUCCAUUCAUAUACACUGUAUAUACCAUAAAUAAGAUACAGUAGAUAUCAAAAUGAUAUUAAUUAAGUUAUGUAUCAUUUCUGCUAUGCUAAUUCUCUGGUUUGCUCUUCAUGCUGAGUCUUGUUGCUGCUGUCUCAUCCUGCCUUGCAAUGAAUAAGGAAGUGUGAAAGAGAGAAAGGGAGAUUCAGCAUUUGAAGGGAACAGUUACAUUAUACAACUAUUUCUGUCCAUGAAAUAUACCGUACUUUUGAGUCCUGAAAGUACUGUAGAAAGCACUGAACAAAUUUUUUUGGGGGGCGGGGCAACAUUAUAGUAACCUCUACACAUAAAUUCAUGUUUCACAGCAUAUCUCACAUUACUCUUUCUAGCUUCAUUUGAUCUUUAUGGUUUGUGACUGUAUGUAUAAUAUUUGUAUUAAUCAGGCAGCCAUAAUAUAUUAGUUCUUUCCCCCAUUAAUUUCUCCUUCACUUUCAGUAACCUAAUUUUCCCACCCCAUGUUUCAUAGCUUUAUGGAUUGUACACCACUGAAAUUAAUUAGCUCUGCACAACACACCAGGAAUCAGAAUAACAGGGAGAAAUGUACAGGAGUAACCAAAGAGCUAGCAUCUUUUGCCUGUCUCUAUGGCAAAAGAAAGCCAACCACAUGUAGUCAGCAUUGUGUCAACAUAAAGGAGUAUAAAGCACCGGAUCUGGCAGCUGCUGCUGUUUUUGCAAUUUCAGUUUUCUGCAUUUGCAAACAAAGAUUAGGCAAAGUUUAUGUCUUUUUUUUUUCCUCGUUCAAAAUUAUUUGCUGUAAUGCUAUUUAUUCUAAUCCUAAAUCUGUUUUGGAGGGCACGACUGGUUUGUCUCUUUUCCUUCCUGACAGUUAGCUAUUGUCAUGUAAGGUUUACCUGACAAUACCUAAUUAUUUACUCUAUAGAGUUGACCCACUUUAAUCAGUGAGAGCAUGGUGGAAUCAGAAGACUGCAGCUUUUCUGGAGUCUGUCACUGCAAAUUAGUUUGCUUGGCCCAGUUACCUAGAUUUUGCUGUAGAAGAAUGCAUAAAUUGCUUUGGCUACAUUUCUUUAGGCCUGGUUUAUGCACACGAACGAAAAAGUCUGGUUAGAUAAAGUUGCUAUUGAAUUCCUGAGAAUCAUUAUUAAAAUUUAAGUAGCCUGUGGUGGGGCUGUUUGCACCACUGGGCUCGCGGUCGCUGAUAAAUAGAAAACUACAGACAUACAAAUGUUUCGGAAAGCUUUUUCUUUUGAUUCCUAUCAGCAAUAUUAGGCAGGCCUGCGCGCUUUUCGGUGGCGGAAUGCCUGCCUGUUCCACCGGCUUAAAUUAUUUGGGAGGAUAAAUGAGUGCCUGGCGCUUUAAGAAUGAAGAGACUUCAGAGCCAUGGCUGGAGAUAAGGGCGAAGGAGGAAGAAGUGAAGUCCAUAAUGUAUUCGGGCAGCAGGACGUUAGCGUGCGGGGAAAGCGCACAGCAUCACGGAAGUAGCUGUGAAAGGCUGGUUUGCCUGCAGCCUCCGAUAACACAACCAGGAGGAUACACGCUCACGCAUGCGCAGAGCAGAAAUGGAAGGCGCGCGAGAGCCCUGAGCAGCCUCUUUGGUGGGCGGCACGCGAAAGACUACUUCGCCUGGCUCGGACGAGCCAGAGCACGAGCGGCGGAAAGCGAGUGCGCGUGCGCCCCGGUCUUUUGGCACGGGCUGGGCCCAGGUGGGUGUGUUUCCCCCUCUUCCCCCCCCUCUUCGCACGCGUGAGUAGCCCCGCCCCCUCCGGCCCCCGGCCGGGCUGGGCCGGGCAGCCAUUUUGGGCAGAGCUUUGUUAUGGUUCGGUGUGGGGAACUCAAGCGACACAGAGAGUGAGGCGGGAGGGGGCGAGUGGGGCCUGGUCCCGUAAGCACGGCCUUGUGUGGAGAGAAGGGAAGAGGAGCUGGACUUGAGGCGGCGCUGAGCGGCAGCCAGCGGCCUUUGGGGAGAGAGUAAGGUAGGGAGCGGGCAGGGGGAAGCCCAGAACAGGAGAGGGGGCGGGAGCAUAAACAAGUGGAGGUUCUGUUGCAGGAAAGAGCCGAGGGGGCGGCGGAGGCCCUGCGGGGUCGCUUGGCGGCCGGGAGAGUUGCUCGGGGCAGUUGUUGGUUUGCGGAAGCGCUCGGGACGAGGGGCAUCGCGGAGAGGUGCUUGGCAAGGGUUGGGGGGGCAGGGAGGCGGCGAUAGCUAAUAAGAGGGUAAUGGGGGGACCUGCUUGGAGGUGUCUGCGCGGGCAAUUGGGGGGGCAGGGGUGGAGACUGGAGGUGUGCGAGGAAGGAUCAGCUGGAGUAAAGAGUGAAUAGCGGAAGGAGGAGGCUACGGUAGGCCUCUGGAGUGCAAAGUUGAGCAGGAGGUGCGGAGUGGCCAGGACAGGCAGUCGGUGGCAUGUGAUUUUCAGGGCAGGUGGGAGAGGGUUUUUUGUUUUGUUAUUUGUUGGCAUGGGGGUGAAAUGGAUUUGGGGUUCCAGCGUGGGUAUAGGAAGGGAGGGAGAAGCUGAUCAAAGCAGUUGUGAUACUAGGCAAAGGUAGGGGGCGGGUCUGAAGUGGGGUAGGCGGGGGGGGCCUGUCGAGUAGGGCACAGGAUUUUAUAAAGUGCGAGGAGUUAUUCUUUAGAGGAAAGGGGGCAAAUGCUGGCUUGUUGAACAACUUAUAGACAGCUUGUUGGACAACUCGAGACAGCCAAGUGUGGUGGGUCAAACUAGGAAUAUUUAAGUAAGAAUGCUUGACUUUGCGUAGUUUCCCUAUGGAACUGUUUUCGUUUUCUUUUUCACACACACACCCGCCCCAAACAACAACAGCGACUCUGUAUUAAGGAACAAAUAUACAAGUGUCAGGACUGGAUAAUUAUAUCUUGCCUUCCAUGCAGACUGCCUUGUAAAAUCUAGCAUUGUUGUUCUUGCUGAGCAGGCUGAGAAGGAGGGAGUUGACUUGUGGGUGUGUUUGUAGGGAGGUACAAAUAGAGUAUUUUGAAUAUUAAGGCAGAAGGAAGGCAUACAGUAUUAUACUUGUGUAAUACUUCUUUGCUGCAUAUGACUCAAGGUAAGGAGUAGAGUGUCAGAUUCUGGCAGUUACUGGUAGAUUUUUUUAAUGCUUGAAUGGAAUGUGCACUUCUUGUGUCUUUCCUGAUGGCUAUAUUACUCUAGAUACUGCUUGAAAUUAUUUGGGUGUGUGGGGGUGUAAAAACAUUUUCCUUUAAAAUUUGGGUGGCUGAGUUAAAAUAUAAAUGUUAAAUAGAAUCUAGUGCAAAUGUGGAAGUUGUUGUGUGUCCUAAAAGGAUAGUUGCUUUGCCUGUUCUGCACCAACAUUUCUUGGGAAAUAGGACAAUUUGUCUAUAUGCCUUCUAUGUAGAAGAUAGUCUGAAGGAAAUGGAACAAUUCUUAACUUUUAAAGAGAAUAUACUAAAGUAGUACUUCAGCCUGAUAACCUUAACAGUAAGAAUUUGCAUCUAGAGAUCUAUCAAUACUUUAGUAAUUAGUUUGACUUUUAGAUGCAAUAGAAAGAGUUCCAGUGACCAGUGUUUUCUUAGGGGUGGGGGAAGAGACCAGACUUAUAGGAUCUACUUUUGUUUUUUUUCUGGAACCCCCAAGAUCCAUCAACCAGAGUUGGGUGCAAAAGGCCUACUUAAAAUUAAAGAAUUCUGAGCCCAAGAAUUUGUUUUUAGUACCAGACCUGAACUGAGCUGACAGUUCUUCCACACACAUAUCCACUCCUUGUUGUUCUAUGCCACCCUAUUUUCUUCAUUUCAGCAAUCUGAUUUGUGCAUCUUGCUAUUAUUAAGCAAUUGAUAGUCAGAAAUCGUUGCCAACCUCCUGAAAAUCACAUAGAUCUUCCAUUAAAUCCCCAAUCUCUGCACCCCUGUCUUGGGUGAUCAUUGUCAGGGUAAGGAUGAGAACUAAGUAUAUUAUGAAAGGAUAAUAGAAUUUUGCAAUCAUUUUGAUAGGUAUUUCAUUUAUAUAAACUUGUACACACUUUUGCAUGAGCCACAUGUUGUUCUUUUUUAGAUGUAUCUCAAAGAGAUUAGUGGGUUUGGGAUUAUUUGUAUGUCAGCUAAUACUUUUUAGUCGAUUUACCAUUUGCAAUUCUCCCUUUCUAUACAACAAGCAUAAGUGAAAUUUAACCCUACAGUCCACGUACUGAAUGCUACAUUAACACUUCUAAUAGUAGUAGACAGAUAUGACUGUGGGUGGGGAUUUUUUAAUUAGAUUUUGAGUUGUGUUGUCAAAUUUCUGCUGCUGUUGUCAUAUACCCUACUGUAAUGAGAAAUGGAAAUAAGAUUAGAAAUUUUCUUAAAUCCUGCAAAAUAUUAACAUUGUUAUGCUAAAUGCUCUUCAAAAUAUGUCCACCCAGUUAAUAGUCUGCAUUCCUAUUCACACUAACUUCAAGCUGCAUUAAGUGUAGUGGAACUUCUGAGCUAACGUGGUUUAUUGCACAGUUUUGUUUUAGAUACCUGAGUUAAACUCAAGUGCUUUGUACAUAGUGAAGCUUAUACAGAAACUCGUUUAUCACUUAGGCAUUCUGGUGCUUGCUAGUUUUUCUGCCUCUGUAAAUUAAGAGAAGAGUGUAAGCCUCACCAUUCUGGAAGAUUUCCUUGCACCAGAAACUUUGCCUUAGUAACAAAUUGUCAAUAUUUCUGUACACAAGAGUAGCAGUGCAAAAACAUUUAGUAUUAGAAGAAACAACAGGACUGGAAUAUAAUUCCCAAAGAGGAUAGGUUUCCAUUUAAGUUUCUAGAAUUUUGUUGUUUGCUGUGUUGCAUUCAAAGCAAGUACUGAAAGAGAAGCUAGUAUUGCCUCACCAGUUGAUUUGCAUAGUAUUUGGUAGCCUUUCCUGACUUAUGGACAACUGUUAAGGGGGAAGGAAUGACUAUUGUGAAAGAAAUAUGUUAGUUCGCUCUUUUGCUGCAACCUCUGUAUUUUAGAAAGAACACUGUACUUUGAAAGAUAAGAGGUUUUGAUACUUCCCACCUCUCCACUUCCCCUUUCCCUACUCCUUUAGUUGUAAAAAUAGUUGAGUAAUAUAUGGUAAAGUCAAGCUAGAUUGAGACCAAUGUAAUGCAUUUCUAGGGCACACAUUUCUUCAAAAAGGUGAUGAGACUGAUGCCUAAUUUUUAUUCUUUUCCUGGCUCCUAACACUUCUCCUACAGUAGGCUGCAGCAUGUUACUAAUUUGUCAUUAAUAAUGUUAAGCUCAGGCACUUGUAGCAUAACCAUAUAUCAGAGGUCGCCAACGUUUUUGGACCAUUUUGAAUGUUGAGAGAAUGCUGAUGAUGCCAUUUACAAUAUGGCAGCCAUGGGGGAAUGGCAUGGCACAAAAUUAGAGAAAGUGAAGAUACAUUUUCUGCCCCUGAGCAACCUCAUGUUUACCAUGGGAAAUCAGCUGUGGAGGUACUAAUGUCAAAGGCACAACAGCCUUGUUUUCCCCAAUGGCAGUCCUAAACCAAAGCAUAAACUGCCAUCCUGUAUCUAGAACAUAAAUAGAACAAGCUCUAUUUAAAAAAGGAGAAAGAUUUCUGAAAUAGACAUGUGUACUGUGCAUAUGGGGCCUAUCACAUUUUUUGUAAAAUGGUAUAAAUAUGACCUUGUAACAUAGUUUCAAGUACUGUAUUAAGUCAGAAGAAGAAAUGCAAAAAAAUUAAAUUGUGAUGGUCUUAAAAUCUAAGCUUUCUUUUUGAAAGACUGUAAUAUGUUUGAUUCAUGGUGGAAAGAAAAUUCUGUUCUAGAUAAUAAAGAGAAACUUUGUGAAGGGUGAAUUCCACUAUGUAUUUAAUCAAACACGGGAUUCACUCAUAGCACACUUAAAAAAAAAGAUUUUAAAAGUAUGUAAAAGAUGCUACGGACAAUUAAUGCAGAUCUUUCAUUGGCUUAAUUUCUGGAGUGUACACAGAUAUUUUACAGCUGUGUGUGUGGAAAUAUGGAAAGUAGUAAUUCAGGUUCAGGUGUAACUGAAUUACAAAAAAAUGGUUAGGUGUGUAAAAUGGCUGACUUGUCUUCAGUUUGUCUGACAUGACUUUUUAAAGAAUAUAUUGAAACAGACAGCUUUCAUUUUAGAAAUAUAAUACAUUAUUUGUUUUAAAAGGGGGAGACUCAAGACCACUUAUUUAACAAUGUAUGGUGUUUAUACCCAAAUGAUUUCAUCUCCAAAAUAGCUAUGUAUUUGUACAGGCAUUUAAACUUACCCAUACCAAAAUUGGAGCUUACUUGCAGCCUAUUAUGGGUUGAAUCCAGCAACCAUUGGAUAAAUGGAAUGACUUCUGCUCCUGCAAUGGAACGUCUCCUCCCCAUGACCCCCAAAUCUGAGGUAGUGGGUUGGGGAGGUGGGGGUGCAUGGAGGGGGGAGGAGAAGUACAUGAAUGAAAGCCAUUCCACCUGUGCAAUGAUGUUUUCGGAUACAACCCAGAACAUUUUAAAGCUUGGGAAGUUUUAAAUAGUGUGGCAGUGGAACUGGUCACCUUAGACUUUGUUUAUGGAUAAAUAUAUGUGUUGUGAUGGUCAUCACCAUUUGAUGUUGAUAGACAUCUGUAUUAAUCUGAGAUACAAACAAGAGUCAGCAUCCACACAUAGCCAUUUCACUCCUUCCUUCACCAGAGUGAAGCAGCCAGGAAGCUGCAUCCAGACCAGGAGCCAUAGUUAUGGCUUUCAAACCAACCACAUUAUGAAACCAUGGUAUUAAGGUGGUCACUGCAUUAACUAGUUCCAAGUGUGAAUGCAUCAAGAAGUUGUCGACUGCAGCUUCCUGGCUUGCUCAUUUGUGCAAAGGAAGAGGUGAAAUGGUUGCAUGUGAGUGCCUGAAACUUGUGUAAGUCUUGAUUUACUAAGCCAAGAUUAUCCUCUGAACAUCACCCAUGUAUAAAGUAUGCACAAAUUAAUAUGGGUUCAGCAACCAAUUGUUGACUUGGAUGAAGCAACUCAGUGAUCAAAUUUCAGUUGAGCCAUGGCUUAUAUGUGUAGCGUUAUGGACAGCAAAAAUAAUAAUAGUCUAGUAAUGGCCCACUUCACAAUGAUAUCAGUAAUGAUGCCUCUCUUGUUUCAGUGUACAAAGGGUAAAUUCUUCGUAUGUUAACCUGUAGUUCUGAUUUUCAAGGGUUUCACAAAAGCUUUAGUAGAUUAAUGUGGGACAUAUUAAGCUACUAGUGAAAUACUUGUUGUUGUGAUGGAUGUUAUGUGUGUGUGUGUAUAUAAACCCACAUGUGUGGAGAUACCGUGUACACUACACACAUUCCAGGGGCACCUGCAGUUUGUAUAUAGAAAUACACCCUCUUCUCUGAAUGGAAAUAUAUGAUUUUUGUAGCCACAAUGUAGCCUACUGUAUGAAGGUAACAGUGUUUGAAACUCCCAUUGUUUUAGGCGCAUUGUGCGACAGGAAAUUUUAUUAGUGUGAGCAGUUUCUGAGCUCUGGGCGCAGUACUAUGCCUAAGAUUUCAGAUUAAAAUUGCAGUGGAAGGAAGAGAGGACCUUUUCUGAUUCCCCACUUCCAGCUACUCUCUGAAGACUGGAGAAGAGACCCUCUUAGGAAUAUUAGGGGGAGGGCAAGGGAAGGACUAGACCAUGUGAAAAUGAACAUAUUUUAGCUGCAGUUCACUCAUUUUCAGCUUUGUAUUCUUGUUACUUAAAAAGCAUUCCAUUGUUACACCCAUAACCUAGGUUUAAGGUGCCAUUUAGCUCCUAGCUUUCAAAUCUGUUUCUAACACUGGAAGGUAAGACUUGUAUUUGAUAUUCUGUCCACUCUUGUACCUGGCCCUUUCUGCAGCCCUUUGACUGAGACCUUUCUCACUCCCAUUUAAAAGGUUAAUACCAAUAUCAAUAACACAAGCAAGAUAUGAUUGCAUAGCAUUCUUGUUGGCAGUCUAGCUGCAAUAGUCUAAACUGCAGUUUCCAAAAUGUCUUCAAAAACAACCGCUUGAAAAGCUCAUUGCAUUAUUCCAGUCUAGAAAUUAACCAGCCAUGGCCAGGCUGUCUCUUGUCAAGAAAAGGUUGCAGUCAGCAUAUCAGGCAUAGCUGAUAAAAUGCACUACAUGCCACUGAAGUAAUCACACGUUGAAAUGGCAAAGUUGAAUCCAUAAGCACCCACAGGAUGCACACCUGAUCCUUCAGGAAGAGUGAAAUCCUUUUCAGAACUGGUUGAACAGCACCUUCCUGGACAGAUGAACCACCCACCAACAGCACUUCCAUCUAGUUACAAUUUAUUGGUUCUCUGCCAAGUACCAAGACAGCAGUGCUUCAUCAGGAAUUGACAGAGCUGGGUGUCAAAAGCCCCAUAACCCUUUAUAGGACACAGGAGUUCCUCAGCAGAUAAGUUGGUGCUGAAUGGGUUCCCAUAAAAUAAAAAUCUGAAAACCACUGGUGUAAAUCAUAAGCACUGCAGCAGUUGUCUGAACCACCUAAGAACAUAUCGCCAAAUCACCUUCUUCCAUCUAAUCAACCAUAUUCAAGGUUUCAGUGGAAGGAAAUGAAGGUGGAAGAACCAUCUCCAGUACAUGGCUUCAAAUUUCAGAUUUAACAUGACAGUUACUUGAUUUGAAGCUUUCUCAGAAGUAAUACAUGCAGAUCCCAUUAUUUGAACAUAAUGCAUUCCUAGAAAAUCACUCAUUAGGCGAACAAUCGCAUAAUGAUCUGAUGAAUCCCAUAUUCCCCUCCUAACAUUUAGUUUGGCCUUCAGUCACUGCCUCUGCUCUGCAGGUUAUAUUAAUCACAUACCUUUUGAAAUUUUUAUUGAUCAGGGUUGACCAUACCAGUUUGAAUUUUGUCAUCCUAAGGAUGGAAGUUAGGGCUGUUGUUCGCUUUUGUAGAAGGUGAAAAGAUGUGGUGUGAAAUGUUUGUACUCUGUUGUACAUGAGUUGGGCCAGACUGCUGUUGCUCCUUUUUUCUGUGCUUGAAAAUAGACUAGGAUUUAGACUGAAGCAGUGUUAGUUGAUUAUACUGGUUUCAUCAUCAUAAAUACAUUCUGCCAUACUAAACUGAAAGAUCAAAUUCAAAAUUGUUAAUAUAUGAAGAUGUUUUCUUUGGUGUGGGAAUAAGUUCAAUCUUUCAAGUUCUGAGGGUCCAGAUGCUAGUGCUGCUUGUGACCUAUGGGCCAGUAAGUCUUAGUAUGUGGCUGAACAGCACAUCCAAGUGUUUUUGCCUACCAGUGUCUUCCAAUACAGAAUUCCAUUGCUCAAAAUGCAUUUAUAUGGGAAAAUGCAAUGUAGCACUAACUAGCAAAGAACUACUGCACAUGGCGUUGGAAGUUAUGCAAUCAAGAGAUGUAUGGAGCAAAUUAGGUUUCAGAAGAAGUAGGAUGAACGGUGUUUUUAAUUGAGAACAUAGUAACUACCCGUAUUUUUCGCUCUAUAAGACGCACCAGACCACAAGACGCACCUAGUUUUUGGAGGAGGAAAACAAGGGAAAAAAUAUUCUGAAUUUCAGAAGCCAGAACAGCAAGAGGAAUCACUGCGCAGUGAAAGCAGCAAUCCCUCUUGCUGUUCUGGCUUCUGUGAUAGCUGCGCAGUCUGCAUUCGCUCCAUAAGAUGCAGACACAUUUCCCCUUACUUUUUAGGAGGGAAAAAGUGAGUCUUAUGGAGCAAAAAAUACGGUAAUCAUGAUUGGGUAGAAUUAAUGGAAUCUGGACUGGUUUUUUGCAGAUUUCUGUUUAAGGUUAGAUAGUAAAUCCCAUGUGAAUCACUCAGUAAUUUGUGUAUACCUAUACCUAACAAGGGAUGCGGGUGGCUCUGUGGUCUAAACCACAGAGCCUAGGGCUUGCUGAUCAGAAGGUCGGCAGUUUGAAUCCCCGCGACGGGAUGAGCUCCCGUUGCUCGGUCCCUGCUCCUGCCAACCUAGCAGUUCAAAAGCACGUCAAAGUGCAAGUAGAUAAAUAGGUACCGCUCCGGCGUGAAGGUAAAUGGCAUUUCCGUUCGCUGCUCUGGUUCGCCAGAAGCGGCUUAGUCAUGCUGGCCACAUGACCCGGAAAAACUGUCUGUGGACAAACACCGGCUCCCUCGGCCUAUAGAGCGAGAUGAGCAUGCAACCCCAGAGUCGUCCGCAACUGGACCUAACGGUCAGGGGUACCUUUACCUUUAUACCUAACAAACAUUGAGCUGUAACUGUAUGCAUCAGUGAUUAGAAAGGUGAAUACAUAAAACAUGCAGUUUUCUAGAGUAAACUAGGCUCUUCUGCACACUCAGCUGUUUGCCAUAUUGGUGUAUUAGUCGCACUUAAGUCACGGUUUCCUGUGAAGUUGUGGUUUGACAAACCUUUGAAGCAUUGAAGUAAGGCACUUGAGGAGGUAAUGAGAUGGAUGAAUUGUCAUAUUGCUAACUUUCAGACUGAUGAGUGAUAGCUUAUCUGUCAGAUUGUUGAGAGGCUCCCUGGGACAGUAGGUUCCUUUGAUUUAAACAUUUAUGUACAAGAUUUUGACCACUAUAAUAUGGAUGUGGCACACAAACUUGCAAUAUUAUAUAUGUUUAUGUUUUUGAAGGGGGCAUGAUUUCAUAGUGUUUCACUAGAUAUAAAUUGCAAAGCCGCCAGACAUGCAAAUAGCCAUUUUAAAACUCUUUAGAAAGGAACAGUACUAAAAACAUUACAAGUAAGGGCUGUUCUAUGGAGAUUACACUUAACCUUUUCUUGUUCUCAAUUCUAUUAGUUAUUCAGUGUCUAUGGUAACAUCUGUUAGGUCUUUAAUAAAUGCACAGGUAUUUGCAGAUUUACAUGUAACUGCAUUGUGUUAAUUUAAUCCUUCUCUGCUUUGCUUCUCAGGUAAACCUCUUGUAAGCUGAGCAAUAGCUUGGAACUUUUAUCCCAAAAUAGAACCCAGUUACAACUUUGCUGAAACGAAAAUAAUUUUAGUAUUUGAGUUAAGUGAAUAACUUUUCCUCCCAAGAGUUGUAUUGUUAAAUUCCUGAAUUAUAGUGUGUAUUAACUUUCACUUUUAGUUUAGACAAGUAUAUUACGUCAUUCAUUCUCAAUUGUUACUUGCUAGAAGGGUAAAUACUAGUUAUCCAUGGAUGAGCACCCAGCUGACACCAUGCAUCUGUUUCUGCUGGAGAGCUGUAGUGAUAGAUGCCACAGCACUGCAAUGUGCUUUUCUAUUAAUAAUACUGACAUUUUUGAACAACUAAAAUACAAGUACACACCCAGAAACACAAUAAUUGAACAGUAGGACAAAAACAGCCUAACUUUAGGAAUGGAAGCAAGAAAAAAGUACGGUAUAAUCGAAUCUAAAGAUACAUGGUAUACAUUCUACUUGUCUUUGUUCUCCUUCAAAGGAUCCUCACUUCUGAAGGAAAAGUUGAAGUUGGGAUACAACCUUAUCUUGAGGCACUUAAGCUACACUCUGUAUAGGAAAAAGAGGUGGGGGAGAUGCUUAUGUGUAACAUAGAUCAGGAGAAGAUGACUAAUCAGAAUCUAGAAAAGGGUUCUGUAUUUUUUUCAAACUGUUUAAAAGUUUGCUGCGUCUUGUAGCUCACCCACUCCUUGCAUACCAAAUCCAACAUUCCAAUCUGGGCUUUCAGCUGGGUCCUAGUCUUGACACCAAAUGCUUUGCUCUACGCAGCACAUUUAAACCAUAAGAGGAGCCCUGUCGGAUCAGACCAGGGGGUCUAUCUAAUCCAGCUUUGUGUUCUCAAAGUGGCCAACAGAUGGAAGCCCACCCAAAGGACAUGAGUGCUAUGAUGCACUCCCACUUGUGAUCCACCCAACUGGUUUUUAGAGGCAUUCUGCCUCUGAUGCUGAGGUAAUAUAGAAACUGUGACUAGUUAUUCUAAAUGCAGAGUAAUGGGCAUCUCUGCUUGCAUGAUUGAAUGAUUGUGAGGCUGGUGCAGGUGGAUGAGAGUGGGUAAGCCUCACUGCACCAGCAGAAACCCUUGUGUUGGCUCCUGCUAGCUAGCAGAACUACUUAGCCCAACAGGUCUACUGUGACUAAAAUAUAACUGAGUUCCAUCCACAGGCUUUUGAGCAUGCUAAAAUCAAGUUAUAUUUUCAGUGCAUUUUUUAAUUAAAAUUUAAACUAUAUAAGGCAGGCAUCCCCAAACUUGGGAUGAUGGGAGUUGUAGUCCCAAAACAGCUGGGGGGCCAAGUUCGGGGGUGCCUGGUAUAAGGGAAGUGCUGCUGGCCUUACAUUCUUGCCUUUGUAAAUGGCAUACUUAAUGGUAUACUUAAUGAUUUACUGUGAGCAUACCUUUCUGGGCUGUUACCAUUUCCCUUCUAGGGCACAGUGGAAGCAAACUAUGAUCCCUGGCUUAGUAUUGCAUCUGAAUUGGGAAUUAUUAUUUAUUUCACUCCCAAACAGACCAUGGUUUGUGAAUUAUGCUUUGUAUCUACUUGUGCUAGCAGAGAGAAUACAACAGCCCAGCAAAACAUGUUCACAAUAAAACAUUAAGUAUGCAGUGUGAUGUGUGAACUACAGUGUGUUGUCAUGUCAAAAAAAUAAGUAUUGUAAUAAAAAUCUGAAAAGCUUUUCAUUUGUUUGGAUAUAACAUCUAAAUCACAUUUAGUGUUUUGAUUCCCUCUAACCCCAUCAUAUAUUUAAGUUCAAAUACUCUUGGGAGCAGAAUGGUGUGUAGAUGAACUUUUGGUCUCAUUCAGCAGGGUUCAUCUUCUUAAUUUUUAUUUUUAUUUUGAGAUACUUCAUUAGGUAAAACUAACCUAUCUUUUUAGUUUUGUUUACUUUAAUAAGUCAGAAAUGUUAAACUGGAAUCUAUUCAACUUAGGGCAUCAGGAUAUGUUCCAGGAAAUCAACAUUUCUGGUUUGAGUUGAAUCCUGAGAAGGCGUGUGUGUGUGUGUGUGUGUGUGUGUGUGUGUGUGUUUUAAUGUCUCUUGCCAAAUAAUGUUGAAUUCCCAUCUAGGAGAUAUGGAGUCCAAUUUCCAGGUUGUGAAUGGAUAGUUAACCUCCCUUCCUGCCCCAAUCAGUAAAAGAAGUUAUCACUUCACUGGGUACUUGCAUGAGGAGGUGUUGCUAGAGGACAACAGUUCCUGGCCAUGCUGGCUGCACUGAUGGGAGUUGGAGUUCAGUAAAAUCUGGAGAACCACAGAUUUCCCUUUCCCAGCAUAGUAAUUAUGGGGCCAGGAUAUUAAAUCGGUGAUUCUUUUAAAAAUAAUGUGCCAAUCUUGACAUAGAACUUUUUGAAUCAGGCUAGAGCAGCUUCCCCUGACUUGGAGCCCCCACCCCCACCCCCACCCCCAACUACAGCUCCAGCUCCAGCUAGCAUAGCUAAUGAUUAGGGAUGAUGGCAAUUGUAGUCCAAAAUGUCAUGAGCAUCAGGCUGGAAAAGGCUGGGCUAGAGAAUAUCAACUUACUACUUUGCCAUGAUUAUAGCUCCACAUUGAGCUAUAUGAGAUCAUAGAAUCUUAGAGUUGGAAGGGAUGCAAGGGUCAUCUAGUUAUAUAUAUCUGCAAGCCUCAAGGCUCCCUCUGAGCAGGCAGACAACUUUCCUUUUGUUUCUUUCUGGCCCUUUUUUGGGGCUUUUGUCGGUAUUCAGUGAAUUUGCAAUUAGAGAGUGUUAUUUGUAUCCUCUGUUGGUAGUGCAUGUUGGCAGACCUGUGUUUGAACAUGGCGGCACCUACAAAGUAGGUAUGUCUGGAGUGUUGGACUUCAAAUCCUUAUUCAUGAAGCUCACAAGGUAGCUUUGAUGGUGGUAAUAAUAAUAAUGAUUAUGAUGAUAAUAAUUUGUACCCCGCCUAUCUGACUGGGUUGCCCCAUUCACUGUGGGUGGUAAAGUCUCUCAGCCUAACCUACUUCAUGAAGCUAUUUUAUGAAGACAAAAUAAGGUAAUACAUGGACGGAUGGGGUACAAAUAGGAUAACUUUCAAGUUAAAAAUGCUGAAAUAGGGUGUUGAUUGAAAAUAAUCACAGGUAACUUAAAAACUGGCUUGCUUCAUGAUUUCAGUAGAAACUGAAGAAGACAUUGAAAACUUAUGUUAUUGAGCUUUUAGAUCCUUUUUGCUUCAUUUACUGAUAGGUAAUACUGUCUUUCUUUCAGAGAAUACUUCGUGAAUUCUACACUUUUCAGAAGAUCGUCACCCAAAUUCAUUAUAAUACACCAACUUUCUCUUUUUUAAAGCAACAACUCAACUAAAUUAGUUCAGGGAGAGAUUAUUUUCUGGGUUAGCCCCUUACUUUUAGCUUUAAUUGAAUGCAUUCAUAGCAACAAUAGGACAGAAAUCAUUGUGAAUCUUACCUCUUCAUCAAGUUGCUUUUAGUUCCUCAGCAAGGAAAUUUAAGUUACAUUAUGUGAAAAUCCUUUCAAGAUACAGUUUUAAGAAUGCUAACAACUUUUUAAGCAACUAUAAAAGUGGUGAAGAUGAGUCUUGCAUUUUAGAACUUCUACAAAUAUAAGUUUUAACACACAUUUUCAGAAUUUGCAAGAUACUUCAUGGUCCUGCCACCCACCUCCCCGCCCCCAUUCCAAAUCAAGUUGUUGCAGAAGAUGAACAAAGUGGAUUUGUGGAGUUCACCAUUAAUCAUGGUGUCUUUCUGAAUGCUGUGCAUAUCUGAUAAGUCCUGUUGUAAUGUAAAAGCUGAGUUGCAUAGCAUUGUAACAACAACAGCAAAAUUAAUGAGGUGAAUGUAGUUGUGGCUUUUCAAAAAUGCACACUCCCUUUUAGGUAUUUUUUUUCUCAUAUAAGUGCAGAGAGCAAUUAAGAUGAGCAGCUAGAGGGGUGAGGGGUGCAGUCGGCACGAAGUGCGGCUUCUCGUGCUUCCUUUGGGACUCACCCUUGCCACAAAGCUGGCAUAGGUGCACCCUGGAGAAAGAAGAAAUCUGGAGAACCAAGAGAAGUGCUAAAAGUGAGAGUGGUGGACUGCAGAGGCCGGACUAGGUAAGUCAUUGUGGGACUUCUUUUGUUUAUAGCUAUAUGAAAAUACACAAUCUUUGCGCCUUCAUUUCCAUCUCUGUUUGUGAUAUUUCACAACAGGUAUGUUCAAAUGAUCAUAUCUUGAUUUAAUAAGAAGAAAUAAGAAGUCUUGUGCACCCACAUGCAGCUGCUCCUUUCCUGUCUUUGCAUGAGGUGGCAAAGAACAGGGAAGUCUUUAGUUAAAAAUAAUAUCCUGUUUAGUAGCUUUGGAACUCACCAGUAUUUGAAGCCAUGGCUUGAGGUUGCCUUCAGAUGGUGUCUAGAAGCAUAGAAUCGUAAGUUGGAAGGGGCCCAAGAGUCGUCAAGUUCAACCCCUGCAAUGCAGGAAUCUUAACUAAAGCAUGACAGAAGACCAUACAACCUCUGCUUAAAAGCCUCCAAUGAAGGAGAAUGCACCACCUUACAAGAGAGUCUUUUCUACUGUUGAACAGCCCGACUGUCAGAAAGCUCUUCCUGAUGUUUAGCCAGUAUUACCUUUCUUGUAACUUGAAUCCUUUGGUUUGGGUCCUAGCCUCUGGGACAGGAGAAAACAAGCUUGCUCCAUCCUCCACGUGACAAUCCUUUAGAUAACUGAAGAAGUUUGAAGAGUUUCCCAGUUCAGACAAAAUGGGAAAUGGGAUAUUCUUGACUGUGGAUUUCUUGUUCUGUGCUCAUGGAAAAGCCAUGAUACCGUUCAAACAUGCUUAUUGUGAAAGAUUUAUAGCAGGGGUCAGCAAACUUUUUCAGCAGGGGGCCAGUCCACUGUCCCUCAGACUUUGUGGGGGGCCAGACUAUAUUUUUUUUUGGGGGGGGGGGAUGAAUGAAUUCCUAUGCCCCACAAAUAACCCAGAGAUGCAUUUUAAAUAAAAGCACACAUUCUACUCAAGUAAAAACAUGCUGAUUCCUGGACCGUCCGUGGACCGGAUUUAGAAGGCGAUUGGGCCAGAUCCAGCCCCCGGGCCUUAGUUUGCCUACCCAUGAUUUAUAGUGUACAGAGGGAGACAUAAGUGAAAUACUAAUAUGCUGGAGGGGAAAUUAAUACUGAAUUCUUCAUCAACUUUUUCUAGUUCCCAGCAGAAAAUAUAAAGGUUGAAGGAGCUCAUUUUCUACUUUUAUUGGUUUUAAUUGAGCAUGGAGGGUGGAAAUCAACAGGAGCCAUUGAACUACAGUAGUUCAGAAUGGAUCUAUAUCAAGUUGUAUAUCCUUCAAUUAGCUCUUGGAAAGAUACUGAGUUGCUGUCCAAGCUGUUGGGGGCAGGCCCAGUCCUGUCCUUGCUGUGUUGUCUUUGCUCUGGGAAGGGCUGACAGUGGAUAUGUGUUGUUCAUCUUGUCUUAGAUCCUGGCCAUGA